UUGGUGCUCUGAGCAUGUUUUAAUUUGCACCAAACCAAACUGAAACAUCAACACGUUAAGGAUUCGAAAUGGAGAUCCGGGAAAGAAAACAACACGAGGAAUCGUUUAAAGAAAAGUUGAAAGAAAAAUGGCAGAAUAGAAGAGAGUUAACUCCGAAAAAAGAAGAGGCGAGCCAAGUAGCGGUGGCAUUUUUCUUCGUGAUGUUUUUCCUCUCUUUACUUGAGACAGUAUUCGUGUUGUUACCAACUAUUUACGGUGGUUGGGAGAGGUGGAUCAUGAUCGGGGUGACGCUGUGGAUGUUCUACACGACGCUGGUCAACUGGCACCGGUCCUACUUCGACACUGCUAACUAUGUGAAGCCAGAAGCGAAGGAGAAAUACUUCCCAGACACAAAGGAGACACCACAGGACUGGAAACACUGCUUCACAUGCCAGGUGGAUACACCCCCAAGAUCGUUUCACUGCAGCUACUGUGGAAAGUGCAUGCUGAAACGCGUGCACCACUGCUUCAUCACAAGUUCUUGUAUUGGCUUCCACAACCAGAAAUACUUUAUCAUGUUCCUCGUUUGGUCCUUGGCAAGUCUGGGCUAUGUGAUAUAUCACCAGCUCAUGUACUUGAACAAGACUCUACCUGUAGAUUCAGCUGGGUUCAUCCUUUACAUACCUCCAGUAACCAUUCACCAACUUAUCAUGGGCUACUUAUCAUUCGGACAGGCGUUUUUGGUCACCCAUGUUUUUGUUGCCAUUGGAGCGUUCAUAACCAGCUUCUUUUUCUUCAUGUGGCAUCUGCUGCUAGCUGUUGAAGGCGCAACAAAUUAUGAAGCGAAAGUGCGAAAGUUUCCUUAUAAGGGUUCCAUUAAUGCAAACCUUAAGUCCAUAUUCGGAUCAGUGCUGUAUAUUCCAUUGUUUCUUAUUUUCCCAUUCAAGCUUGAACAGCAAGGAGAUGGAAUUCAGUGGAAACUUAGAAGAACCCAUGCAAAGGGACGCUAAAAUUCAAUAGUCAGUUUGCAGAUGAACAAUAUUAUUGUACUGUUUAUUUGUUAGUCACAACAAUUGUCUGGAGACAUUUUUUGUUUGAAAAAAGAACCAUUUGUAUCAGUGGUAUACACCCAGGCAUAUCCAUGAAGCACAUCAUAUGCUGUUAUUAUAAAAUUCAUAAAACAUUUCUGUUAAACAAUUCAUAACCUCCAUUGUGAUACCACAGAGAGUUCAAGCAAAGUAAUCAAGUCUAGUCAAGUUGCACAGGAAAUAAACAUUUUGUUUGCUGUAGUUAUUUCUGUUGCACACUUGAUUUUGCUUUGUUCUACCUACAUGCAAUGUAUUUUGUCACCAUUCACUACAUUGACAAUCAUUUGUUUGCCUUUACCUGACCAUGGCUAUUGUCUGUUCAUGACAUGCAUUUUAAUGGCAUAAGUGAUAGUUAUGGCAGGCCUAUGUCCUUUUAUAAAGUAUUACAUUAUCUUGUAAUAUCUGUGAAUUUCAUGUAUGCAUAUUUGUCAUAUACCUCCACAUGAUUAUUUUUUUUCAUUGAUCAUGUUAUACAACUUUUAUUUAUUUUACCUUUUGAUUUAAUAUUUUAUUCAUAUUAUAUGGUACAUGUAGAUCUAUAUUUUGAUAUUUAUUUAUUCUGCAUAAUAAUCAUUCAUUUUGUGACAAUGAAUAAUUAUACAUGUAAAUCUAUUGUAUUUUUCAUUGCACAUUUACUUUUUUAUACCACUUGUGAUUUGCUCAAAUAAAACCUUCAACUGUGAAAAUGCUCAACAUUUGUUUCAUAUGGAAUUAAAGACGACAUUUUUCAAUAUUAUAUUGUUGGAAAGACUGUCAAAAUCAACAGUGUUAAUGAUUUGACCUUUUAAAUUGAGUUGUUUUACUCAUGAAGAGACACAUAAUGUAAGCUUACAUGUGAUACUCAUUUGAACACUAUUUUAAUAGCAUUUCUAAGCCUUUCAUGUCAUAUGUCUAGAUAAUUAUUAACAGCAGAGCUCUUAUUUGUUCACAAUUAAACAAAUUGAACAUUUCUGAUGUGUUUCCCUUUAAAAUGUGACAUGUACUUUUAUCACUGUUUAAAAGCUUUCAACAAAAUUAUAUUAAGUUUCUGUAGUUCAUAACCAGAAUACUUUUUUUCAAAAAACAUCUGUCACCUUGACCUACUGACCU